AAAUUAUGUUUAUAACAACUCACUUUCCUCCUCUGGCGCCAGUUCCCGGCCGACUACGCUGUUUCCCUCAAAUUAAAAGUGGGAAUUCCCAUUUGGGUGGAGCAAUUAUCCAAGAGAAUAACAUUCUUCAAUGGAAGCCGAUAACAGCAAUAUUAGGAAAAAGGGAAGAACAAAAGCCAAAGCCAAUCUGGAAAACACGUUAAGGAAAGCUUGGUAUCAUCUGAGGCUAUCGGUGCGCCAUCCAACCAGGGUUCCGACUUGGGAUGCCAUUAUUCUCACUGCUGCCAGCCCAGAACAAGCUCUUCUCUAUGAUUGGCAGCUCCAACGGGCUAAGCGGGUCGGCCGGAUUGCUCCUUGUACUGUUACCCUUUCCGUCCCCGACCCCAAUGGUCACCGGAUUGGCUCUGGUGCCGCCACUCUCCAUGCACUUCUCGCCCUUGCUCAAUACUACAAUAACAACCUUAAUGCUGAUGAUUCUUCAAUCCUGGUACUUUUACCUCGUAUUAUUGCUUAAUGUUUUGUUCGGAUAAUCAGAUGUUGUCGUAUUCUGAAACUUAAAAGAGCGAUUUUUUUGCUUUAAUCUUUAAUGGUCUGAUACUUUCAAAGGUCAGAACCGUCGAUCUUCUAAGUUCCAGAUACUUACAAGAAUGAUAGAUUGCCACUCUUAACGUUUCUGAAACUUAGAAGAGAGAAUUUUUCACUCUUUUAAGGUUUCUGAUACUUAAAAAGGAGUGUCAAAGGUUCCAGUGAUCUUUUUGAACUACAACCAUUCGGUCCCAAGUGUUUUGGAGUUUCCUUUAUUAAACCCGAAAUGAGGUGGUUGGUUUGUCUCAAAUGUUAUGUCACACUUCGUACGGAAUAUGAUGGCAGAUAUAUCAUCCAUAUUUUUGUAAGGCCUUUUGAAACGUUAAGGUUUUUGUGUUAUGAUAAAGUUUCAACCUUUUUAAUCCACAUUGCGCUUCCUAACCAACCCAGUACAAAUAGUUAGAGAGUUGAGAGAGAUAUUUAAUUGCAAUCUUUUUAUGUUUAAAUUCCCUUGCCUAGUUCAGUCCAUCUGAAAGAUUCUAUGUUUCACUAGUUAUUGUUAGAAUUUCACAAUUGGAAUGUGAACAUUCUUGAUGAAGAUGUCUUCCUAUCUCCACCCAUUCUAGGCGUUCUUUCUUAAAAUAGGACGCCUUACUGUUUUUAGGAAAACCAUCCGGGCGCCUCAAGACCGGCAAUAUCUACAACAAAUGGUAGAUCCCGAAAGGAUAACCCUUUCCCCUUGACGUUGAUGGAAUUGGUUACUAAAAAGCAUAUACUGUUACUGCAUGCUGGAGGUGACUCUAAAAGGGUCCCGUGGGCUAAUCCUAUGGGAAAAGUUUUCCUUCCCCUUCCUUAUUUGGCAUCAGAUGACCCGGAUGGGCCUGUUCCUCUUCUUUUUGAUCAUAUACUCGCUAUUGCAUCUUGUGCUAGACAAGCUUUUAAAAAUGAAGGUUACUUUUCUUCUCCCUCUUGAACAUAAAAUGCCUAUGUAUCGGAUGUCUGUAUCAUAACUAUUUGGGUGUUUCGACAUUGAGUUGGACAGGUGGGCUAUUCACCAUGACAGGAGAUGUUCUUCCUUGCUUUGAUGCCAGCUCAUUGCUUCUUCCAGAGGAUUCUUCGUGCAUAAUUACUGUCCCUAUAACCCUUGACAUUGCUUCUAACCAUGGCGUUAUUGUGGCAUCAAAAUCUAUGACUGCUGAUGAAAACUAUGCAAUUAGUUUAGUAGGGAAUCUACUUCAAAAACCCAGCCUAAAGGAGCUUGCCGAGCAUGGCGCUGUCUUAGAUGAUGGUAGAGCAUUGCUGGAUACGGGAAUUAUUGCAGUUCGUGGAAAAGCUUGGGUGGAUCUCCUGACGCUUGCCCUUUAUAGCGAACCAAUGAUAUUGGAGCUUUUAGAAUGCAGGAAAGAGGUGAGCUUAUAUGAGGAUCUUGUGGCAGCUUGGGUACCCGCAAAGCAUACAUGGUUGAAGCAGCGGCCUUUGGGUGAAAAGCUUGUUAGUGGACUGGGAGAACAAAACAUGUUCAGCUACUGUGCUUAUGACCUCCUAUUCUUGCAUUUUGGAACUUCAAAUGAAGUCCUGGAUCACCUGAGCAGUUCCGGUUCAAGGCUCGUGUGUCGGAGGCACUUGUGUUCCAUCCCAGCCACGACAGAAUCUGAUAUUGCUGACUCAGGUAUUAUCAUAUCCAGCCAAAUAACUUCUGGUGUUUCUGUAGGGGAAGAUUCCCUGGUAUACGAUUCCUCCAUUUCGGGUGGAGUCCGGAUUGGUUCACAAUGUAUCGUCGUAGGUGUACAUAUACCCGGAGCAGGAAAUAGGAUUACUGAAGAUCCAUUCAAAUUCAUGCUCCCUGACCGUCAUUGCCUCUGGGAGGUUCCCUUGGUAGGAUACACACAAAAAGUUAUUGUUUAUUGUGGUGUCCAUGAUAACCCUAAACAUGAACGUUCAAAGGAAGGAACCUUUUGUGGGAAACCCUGGGAUAAGGUCUUAAAUGAUCUAGCUAUUCAAGAUGCUGAUCUCUGGUGCUUUGAGGAAACCCAGGUAAAGUGCCUGUGGAAUGCAAAAUUGUUCCCUAUCCUUCCAUACUCUGAGAUGCUUGAAGUGGCAACGUGGUUAAUGGGGUUGAGCCACUCAAAAGAAGAUAAAUCCCGGGGUUCCCUUUGGAGGAGGUCACAACGUAUCAGUUUGGAGGAAUUGCAUAGGGUAAUUGACUUUCCAAAUAUGUGCACGGGAUCCAGCAAACAUCGAGCAGAUCUUGCUGCUGGAAUUGUUACUGCUUCUCUGAAAUUUGGCCUGCUUGGGCGCAAUGUAUCUCAAUUGUGUGAAGAAGUUAUGCUAGAAGAAGAAUUUGGCAUGCAUAAAUGCUCUCAAUUUUUAGCUUUUUGUCCCAACCUUCAGAAUCAGAACUACCAGAUUCUUCCCAGAAGUAGAGCAUAUCAAGUGCAGGUUGAUCUUCUGCGCAUGUGCAAUGGAGAAAGGAGGGCAGUAGAAGCUGAGAAUCAUGUUUGGGCUGCUGUUACUGAUGAAACAGCUUCAGCAGUAAGAUAUGGUUUCAGAGAAAAUAUCUUGGAAUCCUCCAAUGUACCCUCCAAGGGAGGGCAUGUGGGUGCUAAGUUUGCGGGCUAUCCUGAUCAAUCUUUCUUCCAUCGGAAAGUGAAAGUUGAACUACCAGUUCGUGUGGAUUUUGUUGGAGGUUGGAGUGACACACCUCCCUGGAGCUUAGAACGUGCAGGUUGUGUCUUGAACAUGGCCAUAACGUUAGAAGGAUCUCUUCCCAUUGGUACUAUUAUAGAAACCACGGAAACAGCUGGAGUGUACAUUUCUGACGAUAACAAUGAAUGUCUACAUAUUAAAGAGUUCUCAUCCAUCACUCCACCAUUUGACGGAAGCGAUCCUUUUCGUCUUGUCAAGUCUGCUUUGCUUGUAACUGGUAUUGUCAAUGGGAAAAUACUCCAGUCUUCCAUGGGUUUGAAAAUAAAGACAUGGGCUGACGUUCCUCGCGGUAGUGGCUUGGGGACUUCCAGCAUUUUAGCGGCUGCUGUUGUGAAAGCGCUGCUCCAAAUAACCGAAGAAGAUGCUAGUAACGAAAAUGUUGCCAGACUUGUUUUAGUGUUGGAGCAGUUUAUGGGAACAGGAGGUGGCUGGCAAGAUCAAAUCGGGGGCCUAUAUCCUGGAAUCAAAUGUACUUCAAGUUUUCCUGGAAUACCCUUGCGACUUCAAGUUAUACCCCUUUUACUUUCUCCUCAGAUGAUCAUGGAGUUGCAGCAACGGCUUCUCGUCGUAUUUACUGGUCAAGUUCGGCUCGCGCACCAAGUGCUUCAGAAAGUGGUCACCCGGUACCUCAGGCGCGACAACUUGCUUAUAUCCAGCAUCAAGCGUCUUGCUGAACUGGCGAAAACGGGGAGGGAAGCCCUGAUGAAUUGCGAAAUCGAUGAACUAGGGGCCAUAAUGCAAGAAGCUUGGAGGUUGCAUCAAGAACUUGAUCCGUAUUGCAGCAAUGAAUUUGUUGACAAGCUUUUUGCAUUUUGUGAUCCCUACUGCUGUGGCUACAAGCUCGUGGGUGCUGGAGGUGGGGGAUUCGCAUUGUUGCUCGCCAAAAAUGCUCAUUCGGCCGAGGAACUUAGAGUUUUACUUGAUCAAAACUCUGAUUUUGGUGUGAAGUUAUACAAGUGGAAUUUAUUUAUAGAAGAAAGCCAGUGACGCAAGAAAUGCGCUAUGGUAAUACUUGGUAGUAACACGAAAGUUUUUCUUGUCAUUUUCUUAGCUGCACAUCAUAUUUAUAUCUUCAGGUUGUACACUAUGCACAGUAGCCUUACACAGUAAAGUUCCAGCAAUGAAUUGAUAGGUAGCGUUAGUUAGCAUCUUCCCUUGUGAAGAUUUCUUGUUAUCUAAUUCUAAAAAUUUGUAAAUAGGAGUUGACAGUAAUUUCAUGGCAUUAAAGUUGGGGAGUUUUUGUCAUCAAAUGGUUUGCUUGUAGUGAGCGUUGAUUAUAGUUCAAUUUCAACCUUUUAUCUUCUUUCUCUGUCC